GUGGGUCGCAUUCAACAAUGAGACAAGUCAAGUCUUCCGCCAAUGGAUAUCAUCACCCAUAUGUACACAUCACCGAUACACAUACCUAGAUACAGAAGACGAGAAACCGGCAGGCGACCGAAUUGGCAUACUAAUCAUCAUCAUUCGACUAAGAAAUGCUCACUACAUGCACCGAUCCGUGCAUCUACUCAUCCCCCAGCCCCCGUCAGUCUGUGGUCACUCUGACAUCACUCAGCGAGUCGGCAUGGACGGCAUCCAUGCCACAGGCGGGGCACCGCAGCACCGCAUAACGACGCACCUCAGGCACCGGCCUGCCCGCCCCCUCCAGCCGCUCCUUCUCGGCCUUGGCCCUCUUACUCGAGAGAGAGGUGGGGAGAGAGAGGUGGGGAUGUGUCUGUCGGUGUAUGUUCGUGUGUGUAUGGCGUACGAAUGUGAUGACGGGAGGAUGAGUAUCGUCGCGACACGCCACACAGCUGCCCCUCUCAACGGCUGCAUUACCAUUGCUGGUGGCCGGGGGUGGCUGCUGCUGCUGGGGGACCCCCUCGAGCAGCGCUACUUGCUUGCCUGCCUCGUGUGAGAGGUCGCGAAGUGCUUUUUGAGCAUGCUUGAUGUCCUGCUUGAAGGCCUCGAUGGCGGCAGCAGUCUUGACCAACGCAAACGAUCCACUGUCAACCUGACGACAACCGGCAAGAUGACACAGACAUGUGUGCAUUGUGUGGAUGUGUUUGCAUUUCUCUGUCAGUCACCCCCCCACCCACCCACCCAGUGGCGGUUUGGUUGCGCAUUGCAGUGUACUCGCGCUGGAGGGGCUGCAGCACCGCCUCUAGGGAUCUACAUUCUACGCUCACCGUCGCGAUGGCCUCCUCCAACCUGCACAUCCAACACACACAGGCACCAACGAAGUGCUGCGCCCUGCUGGCCAGAUCAGCAUAGCUGAGUUGGCUCGCUCACUCUCGUAGCGUGACAUUCAGUUUGUGGUGCAUCUGGCGCAGCUCCGCCUCUGUUGACGGCAGCGCCUGUUGCGAAUGAACGGGCGACGGCCUGCCGGACACACACAGUGAUAAGGUAAGCGUUCAGAUGACGGCCAUUCGCUUUCCGUUAUCCCUCACCCAGCAGCAGGAGGCUGUGUCAAGGAGAAUGCAGUGGCGCCUUGGUUGAGGAGGGGAGAGUUGUCAGGGAGAGGGAGGGGCUGCCCUGGUGGUAGUGCCUUGGCGCCCAUGGCCAUAUCAUACAGCGUGUCGAGCCGCUGGUCCUCCUCCCUGAUGCGCGUCUCGAAGGCACGCACCUCAGCCGAUGUCUUCAAGGCAAACAACGCGUCACGAGUCAACCUGACCGAACACAGGACACACACACAGAAUGACUAACGGCUUCAUUCUCCCGUCUGUCUGUGCUGAUUGCAUACUCGAGGGGCACGCUACUCUUCAGUGUGUCGAAUGCCUCGCUCAGCUGCUUGGUGCGCUCCUGCAGACUACAGCAAUGCUGCAACAGGGCAGCGUUCUGCGACUCGAGACUGCACGCAUGACAUACACGCGUCGACACGAUGAAGGUCCGUGUGCCCUCCUCUCUUGCUCUCACCGGUGUUUGUUCGCUAUGGCGUCCCUCACAUCGCUCUGCAGCUGUGCGACCACCUUGGCAGCCUGUUCCUCGGCAGCCCUCCUAGUCACAGCGCCUGUGUCCUCGCCACCAUCCCCCUGGUGUCCCCCCGAUGGCUCCCUCUCCCACUCUGUCCAGGCGGCUUCCAUCUCGCCCCAAGUGGAAUCAUGGGUACCGACUGAUGCACCACUGGGUCCUGAUUGAGCGAGAGACUGCUGUGGUGGGACAGGGACGGGCUGGCUGAUGGCACCGGCGGGCUGAAUGAAGGGUAGAGAGGCCCCCCAGUGUCGUCGCCUUGUGUCUGCCUGCGGCGCCUUGAAGGUGGUGGUGGUGCCGCUCUCCUUGGGGGCUUCGUGUGUGUGGUGUGCGGCAGGGGGCUGUGGCUGGGGACUGGGCGCAUGCUCCUGCACCAAACAUAGCGGGGCAGGAGGCUCCUUCUCUGCUGCAUCCUUCUUGUCAUGGCGAUCUUCGUGUGACGGGUUCGCGGGCUCAGGUGAACAGGCCGGGCCGCCAGCAGACGAAGCAGAAAGUGACUUGGCUGACAGGGAUAUGCUCCUGAUAAUGUCGCGGCUGACAUGGCUGCCAACGCUGAUCUCGUCGGUCUUUGUCUCUCCCUCCUCGCGUUCGUGAGCAUCACCCCCACUGCCGUCAGGCCCACCAGAAGUACUAUCAUCAAGUGGGGAGGCCGGUGACGCAGAGCUUGACGACGCAGAAACCGCCUCCUGUGGGGAUGCCGAUGAGGCCGACGGCUCGGCCUUCCACGAUGCCGCCUUCUUGCCCUUCUUCUUGCGACCUCUCGACACCAGUCGUGCAGUGGCGAGCGCCGCAUGUGUCGCCUCCUCAUCAAGCCUCGUCUCAUCCGCCGCGCCGCCGGCGUCAGCUCGGUCACUAACAUUGUCUCUCUCGCUAGUCGUGGUCGGAAUGGGGGCAGCGGCGGCCGAGUAUGACGCAUUGGGUGGUGCAGCUUGUGCUAGUGGGAACGAAGGAGUGGUGAGAUGCCUGUCAGAUCUCUGACGCUGUUUGCCGCCCGCAGCAGUGGGUGUCCGUGCUCGCGUCGCUGCCUCUUCAGCCACCAGCUCGUCAGCCACCUGUCGGGCUUCUUCCUCCCUUCUGCGUAGCCGCAUUGCCUCUGCGUCAGCCCACCACGACUGGAAGCGCCUCAGCACGGGAGGGUCGGUGUUGUAGAGGAGCAACAGCACAGGCGCGACGCACACCAAGGCGACAAAGCUCCAGUACAGCACGACCCCGACGCACACCAAGGCGACAAGAAAUCCCUGAGAAAUGUGAAAUGAUCAGCGUCAUUCACCUUGCGUGCAUCCAUCCAUCCAUCCCGUUGGAAGCAUUCACAAAGGGUCUGUUUUGCCAACGUACGGUGGACUGUGAGGGCGCGAUCGAGUUGGACGAUCCCGUGUAAGUCUGCUUGGCAGUCCGGUUCUCAGAGCUGCUGGAUUGAUGAGAGCAUCCACACAGUGCAGGAGACACGUGCUUCUGGGUGACCGCCCACCUGUUGCCUUGCAGGUAGAGGUGCCACGUGGCCCGGUCGAUGGACAGAGUACUCAGCAGUGAUGCGUACUGGAUACACCGCACCAACACAAAACAUCGAUGCACAUGGAUUUGUCCGUGUCUGGUAUCCCGCUGCGCGUGUGAACUCGUACCAUUUCACGGGUACUGAUUGUGACAUCCGCGAAUUCGUAUACGACGUUGGUCCCGACCGCAUGGUUCACCAUCGCGCGCACGCAGCCCUCCUGAAAUAUGCCCAUCGAUGAAUGAGCACCGUAGCCAGUGGCUCUCCCUAACCUCUUCCACAAGCUGCUUGAUUCGAGUGCUGCGCUCUUCAGUGCCCCACUCGACAUACCUGGCAAAAGACAAUACGAUGUCUUUUGUUGCGAUCUCUGUUAUGUAUUUGUCGCCGACCGAAAGAGCCCUUCGAAAGUGUAGCCAGCCACGACGGCUGAGACAUGGCCCGACCCCAAGCUGCGACACAAGAGCGGGAGAACACCGUGAUCUACAAGGAGGGAGAGCUGCAUAUAUGACAGACACGCGACAUAGAUCCAUCCAUGGGUCAUCUCUCAAUUCUAUUCAUUGAUGAACGUACCUGAUGGCUGCUUGCUUCCGUUACAAGUGAGAUCACGAAUUUGAUGACGUCAAGGUCCCUACUGCAACUCGCCGACUUGGGGUCGUCGGCGAGUCGCAUGAGAUGCCCCACAAUGCCGGCACCGAAGAUCUCCUCCAUAUACGCGUGCUGCUCUGAGCACAUGUCCACACAAACAGACAUCAGCAAAUGAGUGUACGAAUGCCUGUCUAGUUGUCGGUGUGUGUGUCUUCGUGUCUGACUGACCUUGAGCGCUCAGCGACGCAGCGUUAACAGAGACGAGGAAGUGUUGGAAAGCUGUCAGGGUGUUAUGGUACAGCAAGCAAUCAUGAGUAAACGGAGGCGACAGGAUCCUCUCGCAUUCGGUGAGGAAGUCGCCCUCCCGCAGCUGCAGCUGCACCUCCCGCAGAUCUUCCGCAUUGGCUGCCAGGGACAAAUGGCUGCGAUGCGCCGUCCGUAGAUCGAGCGUUGUGAUGUGCCUGUGUGCCUGUGCUCUGCGGCUGACCUGAGGUGCUCCUUAGGAUAUUGGCUAUUGCCCCCAUGGCGCUGAGGAUCUCUUUCACUCUGACCCUCUCGCUGCCUUUGAGCGCCUGCACCAGCAGCGGCACGACGCCAUGACUCAGGAGUUCAUCGAAGCCGUCGUGAUGCUCCGUAACGUUGAAGAUGAGCAUCAGCGUGUCGAGGGCAGGCACGAUGGCGUCAACGUGCGACCCCUGUAGCUCCCGCGACGCGCCGACUGUGCGCUUCAGGAAAGCGGCCAGUCCGGGUAUCACAUCUAUCCUGUAAACGAACGACAUCGCACAUGUGCAUCAUCGACCUGUCCAUCCGUCUGUUCAGAUCCUUACCGUAAGAGUGCCCGCACCCCAUCAAUGCCGGUAAAUGCCACGUUCAGCAGUGCUCGUAUGGCCUCCAGUUGCAAGCCCGGUCGCUUGAAGUCAAGCAUGAGUUCCUUCACGUCGUGCAGCUCGGCAAGCUUGGACGUGAAGCCCUUGUUGUUCUUGACGCUUGAGCGAAUCUCCUUGACAGCAGCCAGAUCGUCACCCACGUCGGCGGUGUGCUGUCCACGGCACUUGACUAAGUUCGUGAAGUGGGCUGACCGAAAGGGUAUCGGACAUGGUGGGGUCGGCUCUCAGCUUCCUGAGAGCGAGGACGACACCGGCCUGCAAGGGAAGAGCAGGCAGGUGAGGGAGGUGGUGCGAUGCUGCGCUGCGCUGCGUACAUGCUCCUGGAUGUUCUCGUCUGGGUCGUCUGCGACUCUUCUGAUGGCAUCUUCGAACGCGUCCUGCAAUGCACCCACACACGUGCGGUGUUUCUGUCACGUUGGCGCCUCUCUGUUCUUCGCACCGACCUUGCUCAUCCGCUGUAUAAUGGCUUUGCCCGCCUCGCUUGUCUCUUCCACCAUCCUGCACCACCCAAACCAUGUAAUAUGCCGCCCCUCUGUCGUCUGCGGCCUACGUACAGCAGCCUCGCGAAGGUCAGCAAAGAAGUAUCAACAGAUGAAAAAUCCAUGGCGUCGAGCGCGCGAUAUACGCUCUCUAUGCAACCCUGCUCCACCAUGUACAACACCUGCAAGGACGCACACGACACCAAUUUGUCUGCACAUCCUGAGGCUGAUUCUGCAAGCCGCCUCGCCCACCUGAGUGUCAUUGCCGAUUGGAGUGCCCAGCAACGAUCGAGACGUCCACCCGAGUAACACAUGAAGUUCGUCGGCCGCCGGUUUGUCCAUGCUUGUGUCCCGUGCGAUUCUCCUGUCGAGAGCCCUCAGCUGAGGCACCAAAUUCGCAGCGAUGAUCUUCUCAAUGACCAUGGCGCCGCCCGCUGCGAAAGGUAUGAGAGAAGGGGAUGCAGAAAAGCAAUCAGUACUUGCUUGGCGCGCACCUUCGAUACAGUUCCCGAUGACAUGAACGGCAUCUUUCACGUCGCGCUGCCAUUUCUCGUCGGGGGAAUUCUGGCUCAUCGUUGCCAGCAGCAUUGUGAGAGAGCGGAGGAGCUGCCCCUCGUCGACAAGCUGCUUGAUCACGCCCGCCCGCUUCUCCUCUGGGACGAGAGCUGAGUCGAACAACACUGUCACACACACCGACACACACACACACACACACACGACACAACGAUGGUGGACGCGCAGCGCAAGACUGGGAGGCCGCCUACCUGUGUAUUGAAGGAGAAGACUGAGUGCCGCCUUGGCGACUUGAGGGGCCGUGUGGCCGAGCAGCGCAACGAUGGGGCGAAGACCACCAACACCAAUCAGCUCAUCGAAGGAGGUAUGAAAUGUAACCGGCACCAGCUUGUCCAGUGCGAGCACCAGCGUCGCCGCACGCACGUCGCUGCUGCUGAGAAGCUUGACAACAGCCGAGAUGACAUCUUUCCUGCAAAACAAAGAAACGGACAAAAAGCAUCAGAAGCCAUCCUGAUACAUCACGUGCCAUACUCCUUGUCUACCGAGUCGAUGGAUCAAGGCCUGUGAUGGUCUUGCUGUGCAGCUUCUGGGCGGCUUCUCGUCGAAGGCCGAAGCCAAUCAGCGACUCGAUGAGAUCUUGCUCUACUGGGGCGUCUCCACUUGCAUCCACUGGCCUCAAAGUGAGCAGCGCGCCCGUCAGCAAGACGGGCAAGAGCUCCAUGGUCCGCAGUCAACCAGAUCUCCUGGC